GGCUGAUCUUCAUAGAAACUCCUAAAGACUUCAAGUAACUUAUUUUAGGCAAAAUAAGUGAAAUAAGUUGUUCUGAUAAAAUAAAAUGGAUCCUUGUUCCGUUGGAGUUCAGCUUCAAGCUACCAAUGAAUGCCAUAAGACCUAUUACACCCGGCACACUGGCUUUAAGACUAAGCAAGACCUGUCUUCAUCUGAUCUACUGUUACUUCAGCUUAGGACUGGAAUAACUCUUUCAGAGAAUAAUACGAUCUGCUUCCACCAUGUAAAAAUUUACAUUGAAAGAUUUGAAGACUUACAGAAAUCCUGUUGCGACCCCUUUAACAUACACAGAAAACUGUCGAAGAAAAACUUGCGUGCGAUUGACUUAGACGACGCAACUUUUCUAAGUGCCAAGUUCGGAAGACAGUUUGUACCUGGCUGGAAGCUUUGUCCCAAAUGUAUGCAGAUAAUAAAUGGAAGCGUGGAUGUUGAAGCCGAAGAAAGGCAAAGAAGAAAACUCGAUUCGGACGGACGUACAGCUAAGGCUUUAAAGUCUCUACAAUUUACUAAUCCAGGACGACAGACCGAAUUCACCCCUGAGACCAGUAAAAGGGAAAAAAGAAGGCUGCAAACAAAAACCACGUUUAAUUCAGACAGGCAAGUUAUACCAGCCAAGAGUAAAGUCUACGAUAGCCAGGGACUCCUGCUGUACAGUGGGAUGGAUCUCUGUGAUUGUCUGGAUGAAGACUGCCUGGGAUGUUUCUAUGCUUGCCCCAAGUGUAGCUCCAGCAAGUGUGGAGUUGAGUGUCGCUGUGACCGCAAGUGGCUGUAUGAGCAAAUUGAGAUAGAAGGAGGAGAAAUAAUUAAAAAUAAGCAUGCUGGUUAGUGUAUAUGCAC